CGAGCCUGACUCGAGGCUGACCGAGCUCCAGGCAGAGCCUGAUGUCAGCCCAGAAUCAACAGCACACUCAUGGAACAAUGCAAUCCAUUCUCAGAUGGUGACGGCUGUUCACAUGGCAAUGGCUGAGAGCGUGGCCAUCACAAACACUGACACCAGAAUGACUCAGGGCAUCUCAAAGACUGGCACCAUGCCCACUCCCACUGUGAUUCAUGCUCCCACUACGGAUUUUCUCAAGGAGAGCGCUGUUCCUUCUCAGCAGCAGGUGCCAGCCAUUGUAAGGAACAUUCACAAGCGUCUCAUGUCCCAAGUCACUGUGGAUCUCUGGCUGCAGAUUGACAUUUUGAGGCUGGCUGAAGAACACCCUGCUGACGUGGUGCUGACCCUCCUGCACUGUGCCCCAACGUGUGACAGGUUUGCAGUGCAGGCCAUGAAGGCUCUGCUCUGCCAACUGCAGUGGGACCAUGUUCUGGUGGCUAUGGAGCGCAAGCGUGGCUGGGACACGAUGAUGCGUGCUAUCACCCAGGAAUAUGGUUUGGGUCUGCUGGCCAGGGAGAUGUGGCGUGUCUUGAUCCCUUUGUGUUCUCACACCGCCCUCCACUUGCUCCGGCACCUCAGCAAGGAGAACCCAUGCUAUGAUCUGAUCUUCUUGACAGUCCUGGUGGAGAUCCUUGAGUGCCUGGACUUGAGUAAAUGUCGUGGCAGCGUUCUGAAGACCAUGUCAAGGCUUCUGGAGCUGCUGGGGGCUCCAGAUGUAGAGGUGGUCAGCAUGAGCCUUCAUUUGUUCAUGAAUGUGCUCCAGCACCAAGACAUCCUGGUAUCCAGCACCGCUGCCCCGAAACUGACUGAGGCACUCUUGCUGCUGUUUGACCACGUGAUGAUAUUGGUAGUGGAUGAGGGAAAAAAGCCCCUGAAGACAAUUGUGAACAAGAGCCUGUUCACACUUUUAAUCUACUGUCAUGAUGAGAACUGGCAGGUGGCAAAGGCUUCUCAGGAAACGCUGCUUGGUGCGGCGGAGUUUUUGAAGAGGAGGGAUCUCAAACAGCUGCUGAAGAAGGAGCAGCUGUCAAAGUUUGCCGAGUGCCUGCUGGCAGAGGACAGCAGCAGCGCGGCCGAGCCCCUGCGCCGGGCCCUGCCCUACCUGCAGAGCCCACAGGAGCCCCUGCGAGAGGCGGCCGUCAGGUUCAUGGGGAUGGCCGGGCGCUACCUGAAGGGACAGCCAGCCGAGCUUCACCUUCUCACUCAGGCCCUUGAAGCCAUGAGCGAAGAUGACAGCCCAUCCUCCACUAACCUGGAAACUCAGGCAAUUUUUGGACAAAGAUGUGCAGAACUGAGGUCAUCUGCUGGAUUCAGAGAACCAGGGUCCCAAGGAGAGUACCAGGAGACAGUGAAGAGAGCACCAGGACUCAAUGUCACUGGAGCUCCAGGCACAGUUGAUGCUGGCCACAGUUGUGCCUGCUGCAAGCUCCCAUAGCUGCUGCCUUCCCCCUCCCUGUUGACAGUUCCCUCCCUCCAGCCCUCAGACCCUGCCCAUCCCCUUUUUUUUGCCCCCAUCUCAUCCCUUCCCUUUCCCUUCCAUUAAUAAACAGUUUGGUUUCUCCCCCU